UGACCUCCACCUUGAAAUGCUUCCGCCGUCAGGUACGAGCAUUCGGCUUCCUUCUUUCGCUGAUAUUCGAUAACUCUCAAAAUACUUGGAUUCUCUGCACAAACUGCCAACCAGUCAACAACUGCCUGGGAGAUCGUAGUUCUGCCUAUCAAGCGUAUACCAAACCAUCAAAAGAGAAUAGACACCAUGUCCCUUCGACUGCUCUCCCGAGCCGCCCGGCCCUCGACCUCUUGCAUCGCUCUCCGACCAUUCUCCACCACCUUCCGCCGAUCUGAUGUCCUUUCCGACCUUGACAAGCAAAUCAACCCAAGAGAAAUUAUCGAGCAGAAGAAGAAGCUCAUGGAGGAAAAGUAUGCUCAAAAGUUGAAAGAAAGGGCGGAGCAGGAAGGCGUACAGGACUUCGAGGAGCUGAAGCAGAAAAUCAUUCAGCCAAAGCUUGAUGCCGAGAAGGCGGCAAGAGAUGCCAAAGACGCGGAGCGCGAACAGGCCAGAUUGGCUGCCACUGAGAAGGUGGAAGACCCCGUGAGCGAGAGGGUGCAAGCCGAAAGAAAGAAGAAGGAGGCCAAAUCGCAAGGACAUAAAGACAGAACUGGUGUCAAGCCGCUCGCAGACAUCAUCAACCUCCCUCUCAUCCACCUGACACCCCACGACACCAAUAACAUCUCACAGAUCUGGAAUGCCUUCCACACCUCCCACCCAACUCUCUCCAACGCCUUCCUCUCUGCCUCGUUGCCAUUCGAAACAUAUGCCUCCAUGCUGAAUGUGGCCAAGGAGAACCCCUUCUUCGUGUUGCCUCUUCCUCGUCUGUCUGCGGCUCCCGUGGAGAACGCGGACCAGCCCCAGAUCAAAACGGACGAGUACGAGAUGUUCUACCUCCAGUGGCUCUUCCACCCCACCCCUACCUCCGGGUCCCCUGCCUCCGCCGACGCCAGCCCCAAGGCUCUGCCCUUCACGACAUCCAUCAUUUUCACCCCUCUUGAGGAAUUCAAACGUUCCGGCGAAUGGGCGCAGCCCUACUUGGUGCUCACUCACUAUCCCGAGCUCUCCCAAACGCAUAAUGUUGUCCUCAUGCGGGGCGAGAUUUCCCCUGCCUCUGCCGGUGGCCCUGACGGCAGCUUGUUGAACCCGGGCUUCUUGCUCUCGCAACAGCAAGCUCAGCUUUUGGCUCUGGCUUUGCAGAGGUUCUACUGUACGGACAUUGCGCUUCCGGGAGAGAGCGAGCAGAUGAGGGUGGAGAGGGCGAGCAGGAAGGAAGCUCUCAGGGGUUUCAGGGAGAGGCCUGAGGAAUGGGAUUGGGCUGGAUUGGUGGAGAAGUCUUAUGGAGGAUUGGUAUAGAAGAUUAGAUGGUGGAGAGAUAUGAACAAGUGAAGAAGUAUACCUGGAUUCUGGGCGAUUCAAUGCUGAUUACGAUCUGUGAAUCAAGCUAACCAAAGCGAUACCUUGUAGAAGACCAUGCCCAUAUCCCCUUCGACUAGACUCUCUCUACUUCGUGAUGUGGGCGAGAACAAGCAACUCGGCAAGUGAUCGAUCGUAUGUAUUUGAAUACGUGGCGCUGCGCCAGACCUUCCCGAUAUCCCUGACUGCGAAUCACACGAGAGGAGAGGAGAACAUUGCGGAGUCGGGCUUUGGAGUCUGUAUGUAACUCGGAACAAUAUUCGC